UCUCCUGACCCAAUCAUCAUCAUCGUGAUCAUGAUCAUGUGCUUAUGAAUGAACAAGAGUUCCUCAUUGGGUCAACGACAAAACCUGAUUUUCAACUCUGCGGCUAACACUCCUUCAUUUCUCUCUCUUAGAGAGAAGAAGAAGAAGAAGAGUCACAGAGAAACAUGGCUUCUUCUCUGAAUGUGUUAUCUCAACCAUGCCACCCAACAAUUUUGCCAUCUUUCACUUGUUGUUCUUCUUCUUCUAACACUAACAACAUCAACAUUCCUUCUUCUAACAAUUUCAAAUUGCAUUUCUCUUCUUCUAAGCUCUCUCACUUCCUAACCCACUCUUCAAAGUCAGGCAGUGGAAAUUCAUGGCUGCAACAUGGUUUUAAUUCAACAAAUACUGCUGGCAUCAAUGAAUACAGGCAAGGUCCUUUAUAUUCCGUAUUCCCUACAAAACCGGCUCAAGUUUCCUCUGUGCAGGACCUUUUUGAGUUUAUAUGCUCAGGGCCUUUGCUAGAAAAAAUAGGUGUGACUGCAGAGAUGGUUGCAGAGUCCAUAGAUAAGUGGUUGUUAUACGGUCGGCUGCUAUCUCAAUUGUUUCAGUUGAACGAGUUGUACUUAACGGUGCCUCAAAAAGCUAGGAUCUAUCACUAUUAUAUACCGGUCUUCCUCUGGUGCGAAGAUCAGAUUAAGCAACAUCGGUCGACAUUCAAAAAUGAAGAAGAUAUACCUCCUUUAGUGAUUGGAUUUAGUGCUCCCCAAGGUUGUGGAAAGACGACCCUUGUCUUUGCUCUUGAUUAUCUUUUUCAGAAGACUGGCAGGAAGUCGGCAACAAUAUCUAUAGAUGACUUUUAUUUGACGGCUGAAGGUCAGGGUAAACUAAGAGAAGCUAAUCCAGGAAAUGCCCUUCUUGAGUUCCGGGGAAAUGCAGGAAGCCACGAUCUUCCUUUGUCUGUUGAAACCUUAACUGCUCUGUCCAAAUUGACAAGAGAAGGUAUGAAGAUAAAGCCACCUCGAUAUGACAAAUCUGCAUUCAAUGGAAGAGGCGACCGUGCUGAUCCUUCAACUUGGCCAGAGGUCGAAGGACCCCUUACGGUUGUGUUAUUUGAGGGUUGGAUGCUCGGCUUCAAGCCUCUUCCUACGGAAGUUGUGAAGGCUGUUGAUCCUCAGCUAGAAACUGUGAAUAAAAACCUUGAAGGUUAUUAUGAUGCAUGGGACAAAUUCAUAAAAUCAUGGAUAGUCAUCAAGAUUAAGGAUCCAAGUUGUGUCUACCAAUGGCGUUUGCAGGCUGAGAUUGCGAUGAGAGAGGCUGGAAAACCUGGAAUGUCUGAUGAUGAGGUGAGAGAUUUCGUUUCUCGCUACCUGCCGGCGUACAACGCUUACCUUCCGACACUUUACUUGGAGGGUCCAAACGGGUCGGAUCCGAAGCAUCUACUAACUAUUGAGAUAGAUGAAGGAAGAAACCCCAUCUUGGCUACUUAGGUUCACUUAUAUGAGAAUAUAUUGCUGGCUUUUAAGAUUUUGGAGAGAACUCAGAGUGGAAAUAAGCCAACCUAGAUGCAUCAUUUUUCCUUGAAAUGUACAGUUUUUUUUUUCCUCCUUUUUUUAUUGUUUUUUCUCCCCUUCUAUAAAUACAUCACAGCUAUUACAUUCUAGUGUUCUUGUGUGAAGAAUGAAUAAAGGAAGGAAUUGUGUCCACAAUGUGGCCAUUUGCUUUUGGCAA